AUGCAUUUGGUUUGUUUCUGUCCAGACCUGAUCGGGGACUGGGCCAGCGACAGCGCCCCAGAUAUCUACUCAUUUGUCCCUUACGCCUGGAAGUUCAAGGUCCUCUUCCAUCAGUUUGAGAUGAUCUGGGCUGCCAACCAGCACAACUGGAUCGACUGCUCCACCAAGCAACAGGAGAAUGGUGAGACAGCUGUUUGAAUUAAAUGAUGAACAAACUCAAUAAUUCGCAAGGAGUAUACAAAAUAGUUUAUUUAGUGAACGUAUACACUUUUGAUAUUAUCCUUUUGUCUUUCAGUGUAUCUGGCUGCUUGUGGGGAGACUCUGAUCAUUGAUUUCACAUUGCCUUUUAAUGAGUAUGUCCCUACCACCUGCAAUACAAAGUUCUGUCUGAGGGUGAGUAGCAGAUGGGAUUUUUCAUGAUUUUCUGAUUAUGUAAAGUAUAGAAUACCCUUACAACAGGGGUUCUCAAACUUUUUGGCUCCUUGGACCCUUUUUGUGAUAGCAAAUGUAUCAUGGAACCCCUCAUAAUCAGAACACAACUCGAGUGAGAUAAAAAAUAUUAUAAAAGGAGUUUUUACCUUUAUUUUAACAAGGCAAGUGAGUUAAGAACAAAUUCUUAUUUACAAUGACGGCCUACACCGGCCAAACCCGGACGACGCUGGGCCAAUUGUGCGCUGCCCUAUGGGACUCCCAAUCACGGCCGGUUGUGAUACAGCCUGGAAUCGAACCAGGGGGUCUGUAGUGACGCCUCAAGCACUGAGAUGCAGUGCCUUAGACCGCUGCGCCACUCGGGAGCCCAUGACUUCGGCAGUGCAUGGCCGGACGAACCAAGUCUCGGGGCCCUGGGAAUUAACAUUUUAAAGGCCUGACUCUUAGCAUCGGAGAGAAAUGUUUCAGUUUUCAAUCAAAUGUUCUGCAAUCUACAGAUUUAUGUGGCAGCGAGAUGUUUUGUUGUUGCAGCUUUAAAGCUAAUAUCCUGAAAUUCUACACAUUUGUCCAUGAGGCAGAGAACUUUGCGGUUUUAAAGCUCAAAUUACAGUGCAUUUAAAGCUUAAAUUACAGUGCUAUACAAGAAGUAUUGAGUUGAAAAAUGUAUAAUUGGUGGAGUAUAGGACUACUGUGGAUACCAAUAUCCCUGUGAGCCUCCCAGACCCAUGUUGAACAAGGUUAAGAACAGAUAUUGCAGUACCUCCGCAGACUCCACUUUGAGAACCCCUGCCUUAAGGCGUCCGCAUGCUCCCAGCCAAAACAGUUCAGAAGAGUUUGUACAUAUAUUAUAAUGACAUUUUGUGAUGUUUUUGUUUGUUUUGGACUUCGGUAAUGUUUUUUUCAGCUGUUCAGGCACACACAAAAAUUUCUCGAGGCCAGCCGAAGUUCAGGAGCCGAAGUUAUGCCCAUUCAUCCGUGAUUGGUCUACUGUAGGGAUUCUUCAAGAAAGUAUUUUUUGUCAUUCAAUGAGAGACAACUCAUUUUCCUGCUAAUUUUGUUAAUGAGAAAUACUGCACCGAACAUCUUAGUUAAUGUCAAAUUUGGCAAAAAUGUCAAAAUUAAUGAAAGAUUUCUUGAGUUAUCUUAGAUUAACUAGGACUAUUUUGAAUAAGUGUAUACUGGCUCUCCACGGGCAUGCACAUGGAUAAUUUAAUGGGCAAACAGUACUAUUGCUGCUUUUUUCUCAUUUUAAGGGAGUAUGCGAGCACACUAAUUCGGUUUGCCUAGCCGACUACGCCUAGCCGCCAGCCGAACUCAAGCAUGCUGACGCCUUUACAGUACUUAACCCAUGUGGGCACUCAUAAGUCUAUGUCUCUGUGUUGACCCCAGGCUGAAGACACAGACCUGCGGCUGUCCCUGCCAGACUGCCACCCCAGCAGGUACCCCCUGCUCACCCUGGCCAAGGACUACCAGAACAGCAAGUUGCCCCCUGACAUGUGCAUGCCCGUGGAGAGCCAGGUUCAGAGCCAUAGCGGCCCGUCCAAACUCAACAAGUCCCGCUGGAGGAACAUCACCCACGCAGAGUGA